GGCAUUGUGGCAACGAGAGUUCCUUGUGAAGAGUUGUUAUCGGGGAGGGAGGAGAAAGGCUGAGCGUAUACGGGCAGGAGUGGGGGACCUGACAGCACAGUAAUAAGUACAAAGACUAAAUUAAUAAUCAUGGCGUCCGGGGAUACCCUGUACAUAGAAACGGACGGGUCGGAGAUGCCAGCCGAAAUAGUUGAACUGCACGAAAUUGAAGUAGAGACUAUCGAAACCACUAUUGUCGGAGACGACGGUGAGCACCAGCCGAUGAUCGCACUCCAGCCGCUUGACACCGACGAUCCCAACGCGAUCCAUCCGCACCAGGAGGUGAUUUUGGUGCAAACGAGAGAGGAGGUGGUAGGCGAGGAUGAUUCGGAUUUGCCCGCGGAUGACGGUUUCGAGGACCAAAUUCUCAUCCCAGUUCCCGCCGUGGAAGAGGACUACAUUGAACAGACCCUGGUUACUAUUGCAGGGAAAAGCUCGACAGGCCGCAUGAAGAAGAGUUCAAGCGGAAAGAAAGCAGGCAAAAAGAGCUACUUAACCGGCGGGGAAAUGGGCCGAAAGUGGGAACAGAAACAGGUCCAGAUAAAGACUCUGGAGGGAGAGUUUUCUGUCACUAUGUGGGCAUCAGAUGACAAGAAGGACAUGGACCACGGGGACCAGAUCACAGGGGAAAACUCCCCGCCGGAUUAUUCGGAAUACAUGACUGGAAAAAAGCUCCCCCCUGGAGGAAUCCCGGGCAUUGACCUGUCAGAUCCUAAACAGCUGGCGGAGUUUGCACGAAUGAAACCAAGAAAAAUUAAAGAAGACGACGCACCGAGAACAAUUGCUUGUCCGCACAAAGGAUGUACAAAGAUGUUCAGGGACAAUUCGGCGAUGAGAAAACAUUUGCACACUCACGGGCCUCGUGUGCACGUUUGUGCGGAGUGUGGGAAGGCUUUCGUGGAGAGUUCAAAACUAAAAAGGCAUCAGCUUGUACACACAGGGGAAAAACCUUUCCAGUGCACGUUUGAAGGCUGCGGCAAACGUUUCUCCCUGGACUUUAACUUGCGCACGCACGUGCGCAUUCACACUGGAGACCGCCCGUACGUCUGCCCCUUUGACGGCUGCAACAAAAAAUUUGCCCAGUCGACCAACUUGAAAUCUCACAUCCUCACACACGCCAAAGCAAAAAAUAACCAGUGAUCCAGCCGAGGCCGACCCCGUGGAGCGUUCGACCUCCACCUCUGCUCCUCACAGACUUCUGCUCAAUGGCCUGCUUUGUUGUGAGACAAGUCCCUUUGUAUUGACUCUAGGUCCAACAGGAAAAAAAAAACUUUUUGUGGACUCUUUGAUAACACAAAAAAUGUGACAACCUCAACCUCUCUGGUUUGGCCUUCCUACCUUCUGCUCUGCCUGAACUGGUCUUUUUUUCCUAUGAAGAUGAUUUAUUAAUUCAUGAAUUGACACCAACAGUUAAACAAUAUUCAUAUUUGAAAACAGCAAGUUGAAAUUGUUUAGAAUUUGCAUCGACAACUUUAUAGUUUUGUAUUUGUCCCUAAGUGUGCAUAUUGUACACUGUUUGACAUAAGCUUUGUGGUGAACCCAAGAGGAGGUUUCACAUGUUUUACCCUCGGUCAACUUUACCUUCCUUCAUUUUUUUUACAACUCAAUAAUAGCCAUGUGUUUUUCCAAUAAUGAUCAGUGAUUAAAACAUUUUUCCCAGCAGCACCAUCAAGAAAAACUAGUCUUUUUUAAUUUUAUUUUUUAAUGUCUAAAAACUAUCAAACUUUUUAAAAUAAAAAAAUGAAUAUAAAACAGAUUUAAAUUCUUUUCAUUUUAUUGUAAUUCAAACAGUAUCUUAACAGUAGUUUGCCAACAUUCUCAAAAA